CGUAUAAAGGCGUGCGCCGCGCGAAGCAUCUGUUUGCGGAAGCAACUCGGGCGGAACAGGCGCCCUUCUCGCCUCUGCACCGAUGUCGCCGGCAGCGGUAGAAGCCGGGCCCGCACGACUCGUUCGGUCCGCCCAGAAGGACGAGCUCUAUCGAGGGGCGCUGAGGAGCGGGGCUGGGGCUGCUUUGGGGGGCCUGGCAGGUGCUAGAAUUUGGUUGGAGUGGCAGAAGGAAAUUGAGCUGUUUGCUGAUAUAGCAUAUUUCACACUCACAACCCUUUCAGGUUACCAAACUCUUGGUGAAGAGUAUGUCAGUAUUAUCCAAGUAGACCCAUCACAGAAGAGAGUUCCUUCAGUACUUCGACGGGCUGUCCUGAUUUCUUUGCACACUGUCUUCCCUUACUUCUUAGACAAAGGAUUAGUACACCUGGAACAUGAACUUCAGACAGAACCCGAUGAGAUGAGGACUUUGCAAAGCAGACAUUUGCGUGGGUUGUGGGGAAGGACUUUCUUGUGGCGUUGGUUACAGAAAUGGCUUAGCAGAUUAACAGAGCAGCAGAGGAAGACGCUCUGUCAGGUUGUCCAUUUUCUCAGGCAAGGCAUUCCACUCCUUCGUAGGCUGCACCUGGCCAUCUUCUAUAUGAAUGGCAUUUUCUACCACCUAUCUAAAAGGAUGGCAGGGAUCACAUAUCUGCGCUAUGCGGGAAUAGAUGGAGACAACCAGCAUGUUCGGUCAAGUUACAGGCUUCUUGGGAUCCUUUCAGUGCUGCACCUGACACUAACAGUUGGUAUCCAUGCAUACAGCUUCCAACAGAGGCAGAGGGCAAGACAAGAAUGGAAGGUGCACCGUAACCUCUCCUACCCAAGAAUCCAGCCUGAGGAGAAGUUCCUUGGCCGAAGCUCUCGCUGCAUUCUGUGCUUAGAAGAACGCCGCCAUGCUACAGCCACUCCGUGUGGACACCUCUUCUGCUGGGAAUGUAUCACUGAGUGGUGCAACACCAAGGCUGAGUGCCCACUGUGCAGAGAGAAAUUCCAUCCGCAGAAGCUGAUUUAUCUGCAACACUAUCGAUAACAGCCACCUGUGCGGCUGUUAGAUUGCAAAGUGUUAGGCACCAACAAAAAUACUACAGCUUUUGACCAAGUGUAAGACUUUAUUUUGAUAUUAUGAUAUUAAAUUGCUGUGAUAAAACUGA